UUAAGCAGCUUUCCCCUCUCGCCUCCCGCAAUGGCGUCACGAAAGAAGGUCUUGUUGAAGGUCAUUAUUCUGGGCGAUAGCGGUGUAGGCAAGACAAGUUUGAUGAACCAAUAUGUCAACAAGAAAUUCAGCGCAAGCUACAAGGCGACGAUCGGUGCCGAUUUCCUCACAAAAGAAGUACUGGUGGACGACCGGCUAGUGACGAUGCAGAUCUGGGAUACCGCAGGCCAGGAGCGCUUCCAGUCUCUCGGCGUCGCUUUCUAUCGAGGCGCCGAUUGCUGUGUGCUUGUCUACGACGUCAACAACUCCAAGAGCUUCGAUGCCCUUGACAGCUGGCGGGACGAAUUUCUUAUUCAAGCAAGCCCCAGGGAUCCGGAGAGCUUCCCUUUCGUGGUGAUUGGAAAUAAGAUUGAUGUCGAAGAGAGCAAGCGCAUGAUCUCGUCGAAACGUGCCAUGACUUUCUGCCAAUCCAAGGGAAACAUUCCCUACUUUGAAACCAGUGCCAAGGAAGCCGUGAACGUGGAACAGGCAUUUGAAGUCAUCGCUCGAAGCGCCCUGGCCCAAGAAGAGGCAGAAGAAUUCAGUGGGGAGUUCAGCGAUCCGAUUAACAUCCAUCUGGAUAGCGAGCGAGACGGUUGUGCCUGUUGAUACCCCGCUAGAUGGGAGUUGUUGGAGGUGAUCCGUCACCUCAGUGGGUUGCCCUGGUCGCUGACUUUCACCGGUCGUUCAUCAAGUAUCCUGGGAUACAGCGCUCUGGCAUCCUUUCUGUUCUUUUUCUACAAUCUUCGCUGUGUUGUUUUUCCGGUUUAUAUGUUAUACCUUUUCUGAUCGCGCGUGAAUUAUCUGCCCUGUAUCUCUGUUCUUUCUAGUCUGUUCAUGUCCAAGUCGGAUACUUCUUUUGGAGUUUGGAAUGACGUUUUCUUUUUCUUGCCAGGCUGAGCUUUGUCUUCAUAAGAGC